AUGGAUUCAGUCUCUUCAGUCAUUGGAUUCUUUCUCAGCCUGGACACCAAAAGUCUGCUGCUGUUCAUUGUAGUUUUUAUUCUCACUGCAGAUUAUUUCAAGAACAGGCGGCCGGCCAACUUCCCCCCAGGACCCAGGAUGUUUCCAAUUGUGGGCAAUUUGUUCACUGUGGACCACACGAAGACACAUGAGAGUAUGAAAGAGUUAGCAGGGACCUAUGGAGAUGUGUACAGCCUACGAAUGGGCCCAAAUUUUUUGGUGGUGUUAAACGGGUUUAAGGUUGUAAAAGAAGCUCUGGUAAAACAGGCAGACAGCUUUGCAGACCGUCCACUCCUGCCUCUACAGUUGGACGUGUUCAGUACACUAGGUAUAUUGUUCAGCAGUGGGGAUUUAUGGAAGCAGCAGCGACGUUUUGCACUUUUUACCCUCAGAAAUUUUGGAUUAGGAAAGAAGUCACUGGAACCUGUCAUCUUAGAUGAAUUUGCACACUGUGCACAAGAAAUCACUGGAUACAAAGGUAAACCGUUUAACCCUCACCUCAUCAUCAACAACGCUGUCUCUAACAUCAUCUGUUCAAUGGUUUUUGGUCAUCGUUUUGAGUACGAUGAUGAGAACUUCAAGAAACUGCUAAAAAUGUUUGAAAAAGCUUUUUGGAUUCUAACCAGUAUUUGGGCACAGCUUUACAACGCAUUCCCUCACCUUAUGAGACGUUUGCCGGGGCCUCACCAGACAAUCCAGAACAUCUGGAAAGAUGUAAAGAAAUUCAUAAGAGAAGAGCUUAAAGACCAUAAACAGAACUGGGAUCCUUCAGACCUGAGAGACUACAUCGACUGUUACCUGAAUGAGAUUCAGACGACUACGGGACAGGUUGAUUCUACUUUUGAUGAAGAAAACAUGGUUGUGUGUAUCUUGGAGUUGUUUCUGGCUGGGACUGAGACCACAUCAACCACCCUGCGAUGGGGAUUUCUCUACAUGGCAAAGUACCCCGAGAUCCAGGAAAAGGUUCAGGCUGAGAUAGACACUGUGAUUGGUCAGUUCAGACAACCAUCUAUGGAGGAUCGAGUAAACAUGCCCUACACUGACGCUGUCAUCCAUGAGAUCCAGAGGAUUGGGAACAUAGUUCCACUAAACCUGCCCCAUUCUACCACUAGGGAGGUCCAGCUGGGAGGAUACACAAUCCCAAAGGGUGUUACAGUGAUACCCAGUUUGACCGCUGUGCUGUUGGACAAGAAUGAGUGGGAGACACCCCACACAUUUAACCCAGGACACUUUCUAAAUGAGGAGGGCAAGUUUGUGAAGCCAGCUGCUUUCAUCCCUUUCUCUGCUGGUAAGCGGCAGUGUCCUGGUGAGAGUCUAGCCAAAAUGGAGCUUUUCCUCUUCUUCACCUCCUUCAUGCAGCGCUACACCUUCUCCAUGCCUGCGGGGGUAAAGCCAGUGUUGAACUACCGCUUUGGAUUCACUUUAACACCUGCACACUAUGAAAUCUGCGCAACGCUACGUCAAAAGUAG